AUGCCGUACGGAAACAAUCACGUUGCCUGCUCGGUGGACCUCCCAGCUGUAGGACAUCUGCGAACUCCGGUGGAUUGGUCAAAGUCCCAGAACGACACCUACCUCACGCUUGUGUCCAACGAUAAGCACGAUUAUUCUCGCCAGAACUUGGAAAGUACGGGUGCCGUUCUCGAGGCCUCAGUGGACGAUUCUGUGGGAUCCACAUCCUCUGCCCCUGCUUGUGACUUGCCUCUCGUCUCAAUCGCCCCGUCGAUGGUAGCACCAGUGAACGUUCCAGGAUCCAACGAUUUUAUUUCCCUCAAGCGCGCUUGCGAGACAGAUGCAGGUCCCAAUAUGCCCCGGAAAUGCGCGAAAUGCAAGGCUCCGGGUCUUACUACAAAGUCAAACACCAAGACUGUGUCUAAACAGAAAGACAGCGGUGGAGAUGGAGAGUAUCGCGAUGAUAAAGGCGAUGAGCAUUACAAAACCGAGUCAUCUAACGACAGCCAGUCUGACAAUCACAAUGCCAAGAAACUCUUCACAGCUAAACCCGAAAAACAUAUCCGCAAAGAGACGCUGGUACCACAUUUGUGUCAGUACUGCGGCAAACCAUACUCGAGGGGAUACGAUACAAAACGACACGAAGGGAGCUGCCCGCUUAGCACAGGGACUCGGAAUAUAUACGUCUGCGAGAUGUGCGUGUCAAAUCUGGACCCCUCAAUAAGAUCACGAGGGCAGCUACGCCGGGCCGAUUUGUUCAUAAGGCACAUGCGGGUACAACAUGGCGAGAAUUGGGAUGCCGGUAUGGUCGAUACGAGAUUGACUCUGCUUCCCCCUGACUCAAACGGAUCAACUGGUUGA